UAUUUUUGACAAAAUAACAAAUAUCUUAAAAUAAAAUUAAAACUUUAUUAAGGCAGUACCAAAAAAUACUCGAGUCAUGUGACUAUUAAAUACAUUUUUUUAUACACUAUCGACUACUGUGCGCCGACCCCAUCGUCAACGUCAACGCAGACGGGAGAACAUGCAGAACAAAACCGAUGUUGCACAACCGACAUAAACAUUGCAACUCGCCCAGUUCCAUAGCGCUGAAUUUGAAACUGAUGAACCACAGCACUUUAUUGAUAUCCAGCCAUUUACAUCAUUCCGAAUAAAUGAAAUAAUGGAACUAUUCCUGUACAAAGGCGAGUGGGGUCUGCCCACAAUCGAUUACGAUUGUGCACGGCUACUGGCGUACCUGAAGUUUUCCGAUGCUAAAAUCACCCUCAAUUUCAACGGUAAUCCGUUCAGCUCACCGGACGGAAUGCUCCCGUAUCUUGUCACAGACGACGGUAAGAAGAUCGGCGGAUACAAUAAAAUCACCGAGUUUUUGCAGUCCCGGGGUUUCGACGCCAACGCGCAACUUGAAGGACAGAACUACAUUGUGAUAAACGGGUGCAUUCAGUAUGUAUUCGAGAACCUAUACCCAUACUUCAUGUACAAUCUUUGGGGUGACCCACAAAACCUAGACACCACCAGGGCGCUGUACGCUAAGCGGAUUCCUAUUCCAUUCAACUUCUACUGCCCACGUAAGUAUGUUCUGAAGACGAACGAGCUGACUGUUUCGUUGGCUGGGUUUGCCCUGGAGGACUCAGUCGAACUGCACGACGUCAAGGACAUGAUGCUCAACGCGAAGAAAUGUAUCAACUGGAUAUCGGAGAAGCUUGGUGAGAAUCGUUUCUUCUUCGGAGACACUCCAAGCGAAAUCGAUGCAGUCCUAUACGGAUACCUGUCGGUGUUGCUGAAGCUGAGCCUUCCCAACGGCGUCCUGCAGAACCACGUCAAGCAAUGCAGCAAUCUAGUCAAGUUCGUUGAAAGGAUUACGAAGAUUUACUUCGCUCGUGAAGGUUUCACCAGUGCCGGUAGCAACGGAAAUGGUUCGUCGUCGUCGUCGUCCUCUUCGAAUGGAUCGUCGAAGGCGAACGGUGGAGCGGAGCCAAAGUUCAGCGACGGAACGCAAAAGGAUGCCGAUGAUACGCCGUACGAGCGCAGGAAACGCUAUGUAGUGUCUGGCAUUUUUGCUACCAUUGCGAUGGUUGGCUAUGCUUUAUUAUCCGGGAUUUUGACGAUAUCGCACAACGAUCAUGGCGGAAGUAACUUCAUUUCGUAUGAUGAGCCUGAGUAUGACGAUGAAGAGUAGGAAUGCUGAUUAUGUGGAAUUUUUUGGAAUGCAAGAUAAACAUUAAAAUAUGAGUUGACUCUUGGACUGUCAGCUAGGUUAAUUCAA